ACUUCAUAGCAGUUACGCCCAAUGAAUGACGUCAGGUGUGUACGUGCAGUGCGGCGAAACACGCGCAUCAUACGUUCGCUCCGAAAAGAAAAUCUGAAAGAGCGACGUGACAAUGAAGCGCAAUGCUAUCGUGAUUGUGUUGUGCGUAGUAUUGGUAUUCGCCACGACAGGUAUUGAAGCGAUACGUUGUUAUCAAUGUAGCUCUGAUACCGAUCCAAAAGAUGAGGAUCUUUGUGGGGCCUACACCAAAUUCGAUAAAGAAAGAAAUGUGCCUAUCGAGUGCAAUAGCGAGGAAUCACACAUGCCUGGCACAUUUUGUGUUAAAUAUACUGAACAGAGCCCACGUGGUUUCAUCUGGGAUGGUAGGUGGCGACAAGUGAUCCGGCGAUGCGCUUCUGUCGCCAGUACUGGGAUCACAGGGGUCUGUAAUUGGGGUGUUCGUGAGAAUGGCGUUUACUGGCAGGAAUGCUACUGCUCCGAAGAUUCCUGUAAUGCAGCAUCCAGUUUGAUAUCCUUUGUCACGCUGCUUCUCAUCGCAUGCGGUGCCAUCGUUACGUUAUUUUGCUUUAAGUAAGAAAAAAAUUUGAAAAAGUUCACAAGUUUUCAAGAAAUGAAAAUGGAAAUAUCAAGAAAUGAUCAAUGCUGGAGUUUUUGUUAAGAAAAGAAUGAAAAAUUUAGAUUAUAGCUAAUAUGAGUAUGAAAAGAAUGCAAAGAUGUAUUCUUAACAAUUUUGGAGUUGGUUUUUUUCAGCAAGAUUUUGAUCAUAAGUUAUUGCAUCUAUAAAUAUUUUUUAUUUUUCUCUGUUCAAAUUGAGAUUCAAAAUAAUUAAAAAUGGGGAAAUCUUAUGCUAUUUACAUAUUUUCAGAAAGCAUUGAACUUUACUUUCUAAAAUUUUUAAUAUUCAAUAAUUUUCAUAGAUCGUUAAAAAAUCGAUUCCGAAGUUGCCAAAAAA